AUGACAGUCAUUUUUGCUCUAUUCUCUGUAACAUUUUUGUUCGGGAAAUCAGAAUCCAUUAGCCGGGUUGAUUUUCCAAAUGGGUUCAUUUUUGGAACUGCUUCUUCGGCUUAUCAGUUUGAAGGUGCUGUAAAUGAAGGAAAUAAAGGAGACAGCAUAUGGGAUAAAUUCACAAGGCAACCAGGAAAGAUAUUGGAUUUCAGCAAUGCGAAUACAGCUGUUGAUCAAUAUCAUCGGUUUAAGGAUGACAUAGUCUUGAUGAAGGACAUGGGCAUGGAUGCUUACAGAUUCUCCAUAUCAUGGUCAAGAAUUUUCCCAAAUGGAACGGGGGAACCAAAUCCGGAAGGAAUACAAUACUACAACAAUCUUAUAGAUGCUUUAACUGAAAAAGGAAUCGAGCCCUAUGCUACUUUGUAUCACUGGGAUCUUCCGCAGAUGCUUGAAGAUAGAUAUGGAGGAUUAUUAAGCAAUCAAGUUAUAAAUGAUUUUGAAGAAUAUGCUUUUACCUGUUUCAAAGCGUUUGGGGAUAGGGUAAAAAAUUGGAUUACAUUCAAUGAGCCUCAUGGAAUUGCAAUCCAAGGUUAUAAUUAUGGGAUUCAAGCUCCAGGAAGAUGCUCUAUUCUUGGACAUUUUUUCUGCAAAAAAGGAAAAUCGUCUGUCGAGCCUUAUAUCGUAACUCAUAACAUUCUUUUGGCUCAUGCUGCUGCUUAUCACAGUUACCACUGCAAUUUCAAGGAAAGUCAACGAGGUCAAGUCGGGAUAGCAUUAGAUGCCAAGUGGUAUGAGCCAAUAUCAGAUGUUGACGAGGACAAAGAUGCUGCAGGAAGAGCAAUGGAUUUUGGACUUGGAUGGUUUCUUGAUCCACUUCUCCUUGGGAAUUAUCCUCUUUCAAUGCAGAAGUUGGUUGCAGAAAGACUUCCAGUGAUCACUUCUGAAGUGUCCCAAAUAAUCAAAGGGUCCUUAGAUUUUGUCGGGAUAAAUCAUUACACCACGCUUUAUGCCCGUAAUGACAGAACUCGGAUCCGCAAAAUGAUAUUACAGGAUGCAAUGUCUGAUUCUGCUGUAAUAACCACCUCAUCAAAACAUGGAGUUCCUAUUGGAGAAAGAGGUGCAUCUAGUUGGUUACACGUAGUCCCAUGGGGCAUCCGGAAGUUAGCAAACUACAUUAAAGAUAAGUAUGGAAAUCCACCAGUAAUUAUAACCGAAAAUGGUAUGGAUGAUUCUAAUAGGCCUCAUAUAACAAUAGAAAAGGCUUUGCAGGAUCACAAGAGGAUAAAUUAUCACAGAGACUAUCUAUCAAACUUGUCUGCUGCUAUCAGGCAAGACAAAUGCGACAUUCGUGGUUAUUUCGUCUGGUCCUUGCUUGACAACUGGGAAUGGAACUUAGGAUAUACUGUUCGGUUCGGAUUAUAUUAUGUGGAUUUCAAGAACAACCUCACAAGGAUACCAAAGGCCUCUGUCAAGUGGUUCAAGAACAUGUUAAUAUCAAAAAGAGAACUGAGCUACAGAUUGCUCUAA